AUAAUAUACGUAUCUUUCUUUCAGCAUUUAUUCGAUAUUAUUUAUUCUAUAUUUUGCAGACGUAACAAGAGUUUUUUGAGAUUUAUGUUUUUUUUUUGUUAACAUGUAUUUUUAUGUAUUGCUUUCACUUAAGUUUUUGUAGCAGUUUUCUACCUUUUGCACUAUUCAUCCUUUGGCAAACUAACAGGGAAGUCUAAACGUUUUUUUUUCUUCUAUCAGUCGUAAAAGGGAAAACAUCUUUUUUUUCUAUAAUCGACACACAUUUUACUUGAUCAAGAUAUUGCCAUCUUUUGUUUAAUCCCCGCAACAUAAAUAAUGAAUAAGAGAUUUUGUUUAGUCAGUUUGUCAGUUUUCUUUAAUCCCCGCAACAAUAAAUAACAGAUCGGAACUAAAAGUCGUGUGUAUGUGGAUUGGGGACAUCUGACGACGCGGACCAUUUUAACGAAACCACGUUCAUCAUUCAGAGCUUUUAAACCGAUUUACAUUUUAUACAAAAGGGGAUAAAUACUUUUGCAUUCAUACUUUUAUAUUUUUCACGUGGUUUUGUCUCAGGUGUCGGGUGGACUACAGUUUUAUGUUAUUGUUAAGUUAACUGCUCACCAUAUCGCAUGUUAAUGCCAAUGCAGUUUUAGUUAGCUUCGUGUUUCUUGACAUGUAAAAUGGAUGUGAAUUACUCUCAAAACAACGUCAUGGAUUUAUUUGAGAACGGCAAGGUUGUAAAAGUUUGUGCCCCGAUGGUGCGCUAUUCAAAACUGGCCUUCAGAUCCCUCGUCCGGAAAUAUGACUGUGAUCUGUGUUUCACUCCUAUGAUUGUUGCAGCUGAUUUCAUCCGCUCAGCUAAAGCCAGAGACAGUGAAUUUACCACUAACACCUGUGAUCGACCUCUCAUCAUCCAGUUUGCUGCAAAAGAUGCGCAGACUCUCGCAACUGCUGCCUGCUUGGUUGCCCCCUUCUCAGACGGGGUGGAUCUGAAUUGCGGCUGUCCUCAGAGGUGGGCCAUGGCAGAGGGCUACGGAGCAUGCUUAAUUAACAAACCACAUUUAGUUAAGGACAUGGUGAGACAUGUCAGGAGCCAAGUAGACAAUUCGAAUUAUGCAGUGUCUAUUAAGAUAAGAAUCCACAAGGAUGUAAGGAAGACUGUAGAUCUUUGUCAGAAGGCGGAAGCAGCAGGGGUGUCAUGGAUCACUGUUCACGGGCGUACAGCUGAUGAGAGACAUCAACCAGUGCAUUACGAUGCCAUUAGGAUCAUUAAGGAGAGCCUUCACAUCCCAGUCAUCGCUAACGGCGAUAUCAAAAAUCCCAAAGAUGUAGAGUCUGUCUAUGAGCUAACAGGAGUGGAUGGAGUGAUGUCAGCUCGGGGGCUUCUGGCCAAUCCAGCACUGUUUGCAGGCUACGAACACACUCCACUGCAGUGUUUGUGGGACUGGGUGAAAAUCACCUUGGAGCAAGGGACUCCAUUUUCCUGCUUCCACCAUCACCUAAUAUACAUGUUAGAACACAUCACAUCUCAAGCAGAGAGGAAGGUCUUUAAUGGUUUAUCAAGUACAUCUGCAAUCAUUGAUUAUCUACAGAAGACUUAUGGCUCUGUAUCAGAAUCAGUAUAUAACUAUGAGAACUACUCUGAAUGCUUUUAAAUGUAUUUUUUAAAGAACGAAAUAAAAAUACUUUUAAACAUUG